GCCGAGGACAUGGCUGCCAACCUGAAGAGCGAGAACGAGCACCUGCAGAAGAAUCUGGAGGAGUCUGUGAAGGAGAUGGAGAAGAUGACGGAUGAAUACAACAAGAUGAAGAUCGCAGUCCAGCAGACGGAUGCCAUCAUGGAUCAGCUGAGAAAAGAACGAGAUCAUGCCAAGCUUCAGGUCAGAGAGCUAAAUGAACAAAUCCAGGCUCGAGUUGAAGAGGACGACCCAGUUAUGGCUGCCGUUAAUGCCAAAGUUGAAGAGUGGAAGGUGAGCCCAAACUCGUAAAUGUCAGCUUUGACAAAUAAAACCAGUUUAUAUUCA